AUGUCCUUUACAUCCCAGGAUUUCUCAGACGGAUGGUUUUAUAGUCUCAUUCCUCCACCAACUAACUGCAUUUACAAAAUUUCUAAACUCUGGCGAAGAAUACCUCUCAGUAGCUUUAACAUUAUUUUCUUUGUUUUGCUGCAUGCUGCUGCUUGUUGGGGUUGUGCGUGCAAAGUCUCGCUACGUGCUACCAUAUUCUUGCCUACAGACAGAAAAAAGUUGAUUUCCCCUCAUGUAGGACUGAGAAUGCUGGUUAUAUGCGUUGGUAUCUUGCUUCUUGGUCUUAAAGGUUACUUAUUGCACAUGGUUUGGCUGUGUUAUAAGUUCCUAUUAGGCUUUUCUGUGCCUACUGAAAACAGUAUGGUGUUUUCAGUAGAUUCCGGGUGUUACUCGUUCCCGUUUCUUCGUUAUUGCAGAAGAAAUCAAAGACCGUUGGAAGACUGUACUUCUGGAUAUUCCUUGAUCGCUCAGCCACCUAUCGAAAAUUCAUCGCUACCACCAAAGUAUGAAGAUGUCGUCAAUACAAUCCCAAACUCUUCUGGACCACCAACGUAUGACACAGUACUGAAUACUGCUGCACUUGGAGACGUAAAUACGUUAUCAACUGGGAUGAAUGCUCCAAGUCCACCUUCACCCAAAAACUACAAUUAG